UUUCAUUUGCGUCUUAUAAUAAGGCAAGUAGAAACUUCCUGUUGUCUGUCGAGCAGAUCAGAUACAGUGUAAGUAUAUCCUUAUCUUUGUCGAUACUCUUGCUUGCUAUCGGAUGCAAGAAAACCGGUCCCGCCCAUCGUUUGACCGCACAUCAUGUAUUAACGAGCAAAAAUACAACAAAGUACAAGCAAGCAAAAAUACAGCAACUCGGUCGGAAUAAUAAGUAGCAAUAGGAAUAGAAUAGUUGAUGGACAGUUGACCGAGAACUAAUUUCGAAUUGCGAUAAAAAAAGGGUCGUAUUUGUACCCGUGGGAGGAGAGAACGCACAAGCUUGCGGCCUUAGUCUUCACAUGUCUUGCCUGAACGAUAAUGCUUAAUAAUGCUUCUUAACGAUAAAUUCCUAUCGAGUGACAUCUAUCUAAAAAAUACAAGCAUCCGUUCUUUUUCUAUCGAAUAAUCGAAAGCAAGCUUUUCACAAGGAAGCGUUGUGACAAAAAUGGACUUUCGAAACUUGAACCCACUGAAUAUUCACGCAAACUUUCUCUCGGGCAAUCUGUUACCUUUGGAAUCGGGCGUCUCGCGAUUUUCCAUCGCAUGGAAAUUAUACAGCGUUCUGAUAUGGCUGCUUCUACUGGCGCAAAUAAUCGUCCUGAUACCCGGUCUCGUUAUGGUGCCGUGGGAGAAAGCUCUGAUAGACGGCACGGUCGUCAUCGUGGUCAAUAUCGAAAUAUUCUUCAUGGUCGGACGAAUUUACGCCCGCAGAGAACUGGUGGAUCGAUUAAUUCGCAAACUGAACGAAAUGCUGCGUAACGAAGACGAGAUCAUGAGAAACGUCGUAACGACGAUUUUCCAGCCCAUGAACGCUCCGCUCAAGUUCUACUGGCUUGCAGGUAGUCUGUCCGUCUUUUUGUGGUGCUGCGUACCGUUUUUACUAGUCUCCCAGAAGACGUCCUUCCGUUACGAGGAUUACAGGAUACCAGCGGUCUUCUCCAAGCAGCCGUUUUCGGUCGGGGUCUUCCUCAUGGGCAACAUUUUCCUACUGAUCGGUAACAUGUAUACUUUUUUAAAGAAGGGCAGCGUAGAUAUUUAUAUGAUACAUCUGGUGAUGAUGAUGACGGCGCAAUAUCGUUAUACCGCCAAGAAGCUCGCCGCGAUAUUUCGGGAUGCCAAUCUACGAAGUAAAAUGGAACAAUCGAGCCUCGAAGCAGAUGGAUGGACGGAAAAGGAGAUGAAAGCAUUGUGUCGGCAUUAUACUGCUGUGCAAUGCUUAUCUGCUCUGCUAAGGCAAUUGCUGUCUUUGAGCUUCAGUAUGAUUUAUAUAAACAGCGUCUUACGAUUUUGUUUUAUCGGUAUUAUGUUGGGCACUGUCUUAGCAACAACUUUUAUAGAAGGAUUUGUAAUUGUCACGUUCACGUGUGGCUCCGUAUUACAGUUUUACAUGUUGUGUCUUUGCUUGCAGCAGCUGCGGGAUGCGAGCAAGGACAUGACAGAAGAGGCGUUUCAUGAAGAAUGGUAUCGAUUUGGAUCGUCCAUAAAACGUACAUUUAUGUUAAUGGCACUGGCUUGUAAUUUAGAGUGUAAAAUAUCGACAAAUGAUAAGUUCAAUCUGUCUUUGCCAUCGUUCAUGACGAUUUUAAAUCGAUCAUAUUCGAUCGCUCUUCUGCUCUUGUAAGCGCAAUAAUGAUGAUACGUAAUAAUGAAGCGUAAUGAUACGGGGACUAUGACAUUUUUAAUGCAACUUUUCUUAAAUAAAGUCUGUUUUGCAAGCUAAGUAUAAAACACUAAAUAAAUAAACAAUUUAGU